CAUGAGUUGGCGAUGAGACGCAGGAACAAAUCACACAAGGUUCCAAACGUCAAACUACGACCGGCCCAAACAUCGGAAUACCAUGCUUGCGAUCGAGACACGUCAUGGCCAGACAACAGCUCCGAUUCCGAGAUGGCCCCGAAUGCGAGCAUGGUGGACUUGUGUCCACGGCCCUUCAAAGGUGUCACCGUAUGUGCAACCGGUCAAGUAGACAAGCCUACGUUGUUCAAGAAAGCAUUUGAACUUGGGGCAUUGUCAAACAGUGACUUUACCGACAAAGUUACGCAUCUGAUAGCAAGCGCGCACGGCGGACCAAAGUACAUGUGCGCCUUGGAACGCAAGAUCCCGAUCAUGACUCCUGAAUGGAUAAACGAAUCUCAUGCUAUUUGGCUACGUGGUGAUGAUGUCGAUUUUCGAGAGAGUGUAUCCAAAUACCGUCUCCCCGUAUUUUCUGGAGUCAUCAUGUCGCUAUCUGGCAUAGGCGAUGUGGACCGCUGUGCUGAGAUCAACCGCCUGUUCACUGCUGAACAAGGGGUGUAUGUCAAGAAUAUUGAACGGCCGGUUAAGGUCACGCAUCUUCUCUGCUCAGGCGAUGUGGAGACGGACAAGAUGCAUUACGCCGAGAGAUUCAAUCAACGCGGCGAGGCAAGCAUACACCUUGUGUGGGAGGAGUGGUUCUGGGAUUGCCUUGAGUUUGGUGGUAGAUUCGAUGAAAGGAAGUACCACGUGAAGCGACCAAGGCCAGAACGACGGUCGCUACACGGAAAUGAGUGGAUGAAUCGUGUACCUCGUGGUUCAGAGCGAAUGUCUACGAUUCCGGCUGACAAAUCUGGCACUGGUGCCCAUGUGGAUCCGCGCAACUCGUCGGAUAGUAACCCUACUGAAAACCUUCCGCAAGUGCAGAUCGCUCCAGAACGCCAGCCGUCUCAACCAACUUUUACGGCCAUUGACCAACUUCCUAAUGACCUUGAUGAAGAAGAGGAUGCGGCUAUCAAGCGCACACCUGCGGUUACUCUCCAUCUCUGGCAGGGUCUCCUUAAACCCCGAGGUUUUGAACUAGAAGGGGGAAAACUUGUCCGUAGUCCAUCAAAAUCACAAACUCGGCCGCUACCGUUGUCGACUCCUUUGCCACCUCCGCGGGCUUCUUUGAAUACCGAGGCCAAGACUAAAGAAAGCGUCCUUUCGACAUUUAAACGUGCGCACUCGUUCGCGUCCAUAACGAAGGAACCCCUGCUCCGACAACCAUUCAGGCCAUCCACCUCCAUUGCUGGCCAGGGUCCAGAAAGUGCAGGUAGCAGCAGGUCAAAGCAUUCUCUACUCUCUUUUCUGGCCUACACCUUUCGUUUGCUUGGAGAGGCGCGGUGUCCGAAUGUCCGCUCAGCAAUUGAGAACGGUGGUGGAGUGGUUACAGACGACGACACGGCGGAAGUUAGUUUCAUCAUUGUUCGGCUUAUCAGUGGGAGUAAACUUUACCGCGACGAACCUGAUGAGGUGGAACGUACGAAGUACCGCACAGAAUGCUGGCUCGAGCACUCCGUGUUCUUCGAACGGAUCUGUGCACCAGAAGACAACGUUUCUUUCACACCACUGGCGAUAUCCACUCCCAUCCCCGGCGUGGAGAAGAUCCUCUUGAGUUUAUCUGGUCUUGACCAGUCUGAGUUAUGUUGGAUUCGUCGACUGCUCCGGGCGCUUGGAAUUACUAUCGCACAGACAUUCUCCUACCGUUCCACGCAUCUACUAUGUCCCAGCGCGAAGGGCGCAAAGUUUGACAAAGCCCUGGAGUGGCGAAUACCAGUCGUUUCAAUGGGGUGGCUUGAUUCUAUGGCACGCCAAGGAUCUGUUCCAGACGUUGGUCGGUACCUCGUCAGCAAUCUCCAGAACAACCUGGUUUCCCUCCCACCCUCCGGAAGCGCUGAGGCCUCCCUGAGGCCCAAAGUAGAUAAAGGAAAGGGAAGGGAAGUUGACGUUCUCACGGGAGAUGUUACCAGUAGCAAGGGAGGUUUUGUCCGCGGAGGCCAAUUCUUACAGCCAAACGAAGAUGUGUCCUCGGGUCGGCAGAUUCCUGCAGAGAGACCAGGCGAACGGGUUUCGCUUUCGCUAGGCACGAUGCAACACUCAAAUAUCGAUGAAGGACAGGUUUGGUUCGGCAGGCCGAUUGGUUUGUUGAAUGGAGAUGGCUGGCGUGCGGCGUCCAUUUCGCCGCGAUCCUCCCCACCACCCCGACCGCCACCCCAGAGCAGCUCUCCCCCACUGGAUAUUGCUCCCAUAGUCCCGGAACCGUCUCCUGGACAACUUGACAGCGGAUUAUUCCACCAUUCGCCUAUUGAUCUGUCCUCGCAGGGCGCAGAAACAAUACCUUCGUCGAAGUCACCAUCCCCAAUGAAACUUCUACCCAGCUCCGCACCAGAUGAGGCACCCUCCACAGAUGGACCGGGCCUAGGUGAUGUUGCCAAAGCACUUGAAAAGACUCUCACAACUCUUCUUGGAAAACGGUCAUCUGACGAAGAUUCCGUGCCACAAUCUCGCAAAGGGAAGCGACCAAGACCGCCGCCGCCAUUGAAGGCCAACGUACGGAAGGAUUCUCUCAAUAGCUUACCUUCUCACCCCCGACCCGGACUAGAUCUCGAGUUCGACAGCUCAUGCUACGAGAAUAUUAAUUUGCUGGAAGUCAUGCGACCACCAGACGAAAGCAUGCGUGUGACGUACGAGGACCCCGUGCAGGUGGAAGAGAAGCGCCGGCUAAUGGCGAUGCUGGGUGUUGAGACGCCGGAGUCCGGGGAUCCAGACACGACCGGUGGGCGGAAGAGGAAGAAGGUAACGCGACGUUGUGAACUGUAGUCCUUCCUGCGGGGCUGUGAGGUCAGGGCAGACCAGUACUUAUUAGAUGUAUUAGGCAUUGAUCUGUAAUGCUAAUGAUACCGCUUCGAAUCAUAAUCAUACUAGCUGAUUCCAACAUCGAAUUGUGGAUUCAUAACGCUCACGGAGCCUUGAGAUAACCUGAAGGCUGCAAAUGUGUAUCUCAUGGAGUUUUGAGCAAACUUGGUUGUGUUCAAUGAACAUCGUACCUGCACCCCGCACCACCCAUACAAACGCCUGCGAUCGAGAAGGCGUACUUCGCAUUGGGGCUGCAAUACUGUGGCUGUGCAAGAUUUA